ACGAUGGCAGAUUGUGGAAGUAACGAAGAAGUGGCUGUGAUCUUUAACACCGACAUCACUUCAACAGAAUCCGAGAACAACCUCAUAAACACGGUCGUACUUUUUAAAAUGCUCUCUGACAAACUUUCUCUUUCUUUAUAAUCCUGUUUUCACUAGUCAACACUAUCCCAACCAGGCCGAACGUCACGUUAGCUACGUUAGGUGGAGUUCACGUUUUGUGACAUGAUCAGUUUAGACUCCUCCAUUCACCUCCUCACAAAGCUUCGUCUUUGAAGCGAAAUGUAGCGAAGUUACAACGUUACGAAGUGAGCUCGAGUUGUGUUUGCUAGCACGGGUUCGAAGCUAACGUUACUUCGUCAACUUUACUCCUCGCUCGCUUGAUUCCUAGCGAGUCUGAACGCUCAGCCUCCAGUUGACUUUAAAUCACCCAGAGACUAUGGUGCAGGUCUUUGUCCCGUGGUUUCUCGCGAGAGAGGACGGUGUUUAGUACUUAAUGGUGGUCGUGUUGGCUUGUGACCUGCACGCGCCUGUCAUACCUUCUGCAAAGAAGCGUGACACCGCUGCAGUACGUUUUCUAACACGAUGGUGGAAAGAGAGGCAACUUUGUUGAGAAAAAUGGAGAUAAAUGUGACUGAGGCGGAGAAGCGAACAGGGAAGAACACGGUGAACAUGCAGGAAACCUACACCGUCUACCUCAUAGAAACACGGUCAGCUGAAACCGUUCCAGAGGGGGGUACUCCCGCAACACCUGACUCUUUGUGGAGACGCUACAGUGAGUUUGAGUUGCUCAGAACAUACCUCCUGGUCACCUACCCCUACAUCAUCAUACCGCCACUACCAGAGAAGAGGGCAGAGUUUGUGUGGCACAAAAUGUCGGCUGACAACCUCGACCCAGACUUUGUUGAGCGACGGAGAGUCGGCCUGGAAAACUUCCUGCUUCGUGUUGCAUCACAUCCUGUCCUUUACAAUGACAAAAUCUUCUUCCUCUUUCUGACAGAGGAGAAAGAAUGGAGGGAGGUGGUUUUGGAGACAGGCUUCCAAGACAAGGUUGACUCCAGACUAAAGUCUCUGAGUGCCAUGUUCAGAGUCAAGAACCCUGACGAGCGAUUCACAGAACUGAAGCACUACAGUGAUGAACUGAACUCUGUCAUUUCUCAGUUACUGAGGGUGCGGGCGAAAGUAGCUGACAGACUGUAUGGAGUUUACAAGGUCCAUGGUAACUACGGCAGAGUCUUCAGUGAGUGGAGUGCGAUUGAAAAAGAGAUGGGGGAUGGAUUGCAGAGUGCGGGCCACCACAUGGACACGUUUGCUGCAUCGAUAGAUGACAUUCUGGAGGAAGAGGAGCACUAUGCUGACCAACUGAAAGAAUACCUCUUCUAUGCUGAAGCUGUCAGGUCCGUGUGCAGGAAACAUGAGCUGCUCCAGUAUGAAUUGGAGAUGGUAGCUCAGGACCUCGUCAGUAAGAAACAACAGAAAGAAGAGCUGGCUACCGGGACAGUGCGUGUCUUUUCUCUGAAGGGGAUGACCAGUAAACUGUUCGGCCAAGAGAGCCAAGAGCAGAGGGAGAGCAGGAUGGCCGCCCUGGAGCAGAGCACCCGUGAGGGCGAGGAAGCGCUCAAGGAAAAGAACACAGAGUGCCGAGAGUUUGUGCGAACGGCUUGGAAAGACAUCGGACGUUUUAAGGAACAGAAGGACAGAGAUUUGCGUGAAGCACUAAUUAGCUACGCCAUCAUGCAGGUCAGCAUGUGUAAGAAGGGAAUCCAGGUGUGGUCCAAUGCCAAGGAGUGUUUCAACAAAAUGUGAGCCCCUUUCCAGCCAAUCACAACAGCAAUCUGAUUGUUCCGAGUGGGAUCAUCAGCCAAUUGUUAAACUGAAGUCUUACGAAGAUUGACCAUGGCAGCCAAAAAUACUGUCCUCACGCUGAAUAAUUCUGCUUCUCUUUCACUCACACACACACACACACACUUAUUUAGAAAAGGCUUAGAGUUAUUUAGUGGAUCCAUGCCACAUGUCCAAUACUUUUUCCUCCUCUGUCGCACAGCUCACAGUGUCAGAGGAAAAUCCUGCACUAAUAAUGCACGAUCGAUGCACAUUGGGACAUGGCUUUGCCACGUAUUUCAGUUAUUCCUUACUUCCCAAAUGUAGCAGAACUGUGCAAUGAGAUAAAAGGACAGGCGUUAGGGAAUCCGUCUGAGAUCUGUUGCCAGGAAUUAUUUCCAGAAGAAUGCGCCUACCACUAUGUCUUCUCGGCCUCAAGUAAGAGGCCCGUAAAUAUAAAUAUAUUUGGAGAUUUAUCAGAAACCAAAAAAUCAAAUUGUAAAGCAAGGGAACAUGGACCACUUCCUUUUCUUCUUUUUCCAGAAAUAUGUGUUUUGUAUACAUGUUAUUAAUCGAUAGCCGACCAAAGUGCUUAUGACCCAGUACUAGUCUGUAUAGUGCAGAUCACAGGUGGGGGAGCACAGGAGAGGUGUGGUUUUGGUAAUUGAUAAGAGUUUGUUUGUGCCAAAAGCGAAGAGCCAUGAGUAAGAGCAAAGUCACAAAGUCCUCAGUGUUUUGGUUACAGUAGAGUCUCUUUUUUUAUUAAUCUCCUUAAUGGAGACUUUCUUCUUUUGUAAGGACCUAAACAUGGCGCCACCACGAACUACCUGAGCUACCAAGUGCAACCAUGAAUGUUGUUAAAAGCAACACACUUAAAGCUCAGCAGUUGAGCAGCUUCUUUGCUUUCAAUCUCUACAGCGUUGAUAUGAACAUUGGCCUCUUAAAACAAAUUAGUUUGACCCUUACUGCCUCACAUCUUUGUUUGAUAUUGAGUUAUUGCACUAAAUAAUAGACCUGACUUCCAAGCCUGAGGUCAAUGUUUAUGACCAAAUGGUGGUAAUCUGUAACUACAGAUAAGUUGGAUCCUCAUGUAGCUCAAUAAAUAUGAUACACAAUACAUGUUGUAAUCUUGUUUCCUUAAUAUGAUAUCUACCCGAGGAGGGAAGAUUGGUGCUUUCUGUCGUCUGAAGCUGCCUUUUCAGGAUAAACGAUCCUGAAAUAAUCCCAAAUUAAUGCUCUAUGGAUGUUUUUUUACAAUGAACGUGUUCAAUGAGAGUUUGUGUUCAUGUUUAUGUACUCGUGACUAGACACUAAUAAAUAUCAUAGCUUUUUCAACUA